AUGGCCACGGCGACAACACCGCCGCCUGCUCAGGCUCUCGCGGACCCGCAGCCAACUCUGGCAUUCACCAACUUUGUCGAGUUUGCGCCGCUGCAAAGGGCCGUCAGCUGCCCAGGCGGCUACUUCAGCUGUGAGGAUCGGGGCUCUGCUUUCCUGGGUGUUUGCUGCCGGAACGGCCAACUCUGCGCGCUCGACGGCAACAACCAGGCUGCAUGCUGUCCACAGGGCAAUGUAUGUACGGGCGUAGCACCGUCAGGCACUGGGGCACCCGCGGUGUCGUACGUGCCUAAUACGUAUUUCCCGUUCCCCUAUGUCGCCACCUCGUUUUCCAACUCUGGAGCCUGCUCGGCAGCAGUCAGCCAGUGUAAUGCCAACUACCAGGCUUGCACUGCUGAUCUGGCGGGUGCCAACAAUGGGUACGGUGUUACCAUCGUUGUCCCCGGCGGAGGCGGCACAACUGUUGCGCCAACGCGGCCGGCUGUCGCCCUGCCCACCGCCACGUCGGUGUGCCAGAGCCUCUCUCGCGAGGCGUGCCAUGGCCUUCAGGGCUCCCAAUGCACGCAGACAGGCACGAACAACGGCUUCAUCAUUGGCACAGGCAAUGCAGCGCGGCCAACAGCAGCGUGCAUGGCUGGCGUGCUUGCCGGUGUUGGCUUUGGCUUAGUCGGCGCUCAACUAUGA